AUGACCUACCGCAACACAUAUACAAUAUUUUCUCAAGUGAUAGGAAUCAUUUCUCAACUUGUAUGUAUCAUAGUCAUACUUACCUCAUAUAAACUACACAAAAGACGGAAACAGUCGGAUUACAAUUGGAUCUUUGGAUUUAAUACCUGUUUUGACUACCUAUAUGCAUUGAUUUUUACUAUUGUUAAUUUGGUAUGUACUCUAUUUUAUCAUACCAUAACAUACCAUACCAUACCGUACCAUUCCCUACCCUACCUUACCUUACCUUACCUUACCCUACCCUACCCUACCCUACCCUACCCUACCCUACCCUACCCUACCCUACCCUACCCUACCCUACCCUACCCUACCCUACCCUACCCUACUCUACCCUACCCUACCCUACCCUACCCUACCCAAUCUUACCUUACCUUACAUUACCUUCCCUUAACUUACCUUAUCAUACCUUACCCUACCCUACUAAACCAUCUUUUCCAGGCCCCAUUCUUUCACGACGAGAUCUUCGUACUCAUAUCAGAAAGCGACAUUCUACAGUACCUCCCGACUACAGUAGCCCGAUUAGGUUUUACGUUAAACAUUGGUGCUCUUUUACUAGUACCAGCCAAUUUAAGUGUGCAUUUCUGGUACCGCUACAAUAUACUGUGUAAUAUACAAGCCUGCGGGAAGCGACGGUAUGUUAGACAGUAUGCUAUGUUUGGUAUAUGGGUAUUGGUGCACAUGGUCGUGUUUUAUUAUCAUGUUACUGUAACUCAUAAAGACGAACAUUAUAAAUAUAUCAUGGUCAAUCGUAUGUAUCAUUACGAAGUUCCUAGUAUAUUGGGCUUUGAAAAGGUAGGUUUUUAUGAAGAAAGGGGUGUGCAGGCUGCGGUGGACAUGUUAUACGAUGAAUAUUAGUAGGGUUUUCGGGAUUGUAAAGAAAGUUUUUGCCAUUUGAUGCCUUGGAAAGAAAGUUUUUGCCAUAUUAAGUUUUGUAAAGAAAGCUUUUGCCAUUUUCUACAAUUCCAUUUUCAGAAAACCCCAUUAGGCAUGAUGCUGAUGCUAGAUGCUCAAGUGAUGUUUAUCGUACAGUACUCCUUCAUUUUGUACUAUGGCUACAAGAUUAUCAAGAAAAUGAAAGAAAAACGAAUGUUGAACAUGUCAUCGACUCAGAAAGCGCAACAAUAUGUCAUCAGGGUCAUGUUUGUUCAGGUAAGACUUGAAUUUUUGGUCGAUUUUGCAAGAACUUAAUUUACAAAGCAUAAAAUCGCAAGGACUUUCUUUACAAAACAUAAAAUGUCAAGAAUUUUCUUUACAAAACGAAAAAUGGCAAGAACUUUCUUUACAAAACAUAAAAUGUCAAGAAUUUUCUUUACAAAACGUAAAAUGGCAAGAACUUUCUUUACAAAACAUAAAAUGUCAAGAAUUUUCUUUACAAAACGUAAAAUGGCAAGAACUUUCUUUACAAAACGUAAAAUGGCAAGAACUUUCUUUACAAAACAUAAAAUGUCAAGAAUUUUCUUUACAAAACGUAAAAUGGCAAGAACUUUCUUUACAAAACGUAAAAUGGCAAGAACUUUCUUUACAAAACGAAAAAUGGCAAGAACUUUCUUUACAAAACAUAAAAUGUCAAGAAUUUUCUUUACAAAACGUAAAAUGGCAAUAACCUUCUUUACAAAAAAAAUGGCAAGAACUUUCUUUACAAAACAACAAAAAGCAAAGACUUUUUCAAAACAACCCUAUUUCAGGCCCUAUACCCAUUUCUGGUAUUCUUCCUACCAAUAACCUUACUAAUGAUAUGCAUACGACAAGAUUACAACGUAGAAAAACUUGGUUAUGCAGCCUACGGUCUAAUGCAGCUUUUCCCACUACUAAAUUGUCUUUCUAUAUUGUUAUUGGUUCCGUCGUAUCGACGAAAACUUAUGAACGAAGAUACGACAUUAAUACGAUCAACCAUUCAGAAAAUGAUGACAAAUCGACGAAGCGUAAGGACUUUCUUUACAGUUUUAAAAAAUGAAAAAUUUUAUGCAAAUAAUUAAUUUAAAAUGACAUUUUACGGCCUAUUUUUAACUUUUUUUGAAUUUAAGAAAAAUUUUUGAAAGCCGCAAUAACUUUCUUUCCAUUAAAAAAAAUAUCGUAACUGGCACUUUAAGGUAAUAAAAACGUUUUUAACACUAACAUAUACCUAAAUUUCACUUUUCAACAAUUUCAAUUCAAAAGCCACACAAAAAUUUUGAAACUGCAGUAACUUUCUUUCCAUUUAAAAAAGUUGGAAAAUUAAAAAAAUUUCAUUGUAAAACAGUAUAUAUUUUCAGUCAGUGCACUUAUAA